UCGAGCACACACAGACUCCAGCUCUGACCAAGUGGUCACAGUGUCGGACGCUGGUCGAAACUGGAGCGACCAAGAGGUGCGAGCCCUGAUCCAAGUCUGGUCCGAUGAGCGUAUACGCAGGAAGCUGGAGAGCUCAACCAGAAAGAGGGACAUCUUUGUCCAGAUCUCGAGCAGGUUACUGCAGCAAGGCAUCGACCGUGACUGGAAACAGUGCCACACUAAGUACAGGAACCUCAAGUAUCUCUACAGGUGCCUUCAAAGGGGCAAGACUGACGAAGCUGACCCGAGAUGCCUCAUGAAGUUCUACGAAGAAGUGGACUCCAUUAUGAAUCAGAGGACUAUCGACUCUCUGCAGGAACCAGGAGCAGAUUCAGACAGACUUACAAUAUCUGACAACUGUGAUGAGAAGAACAAGGUGGACGGCAAUUUGACAAAUUCUGACUUAUCAGUAACCAUCGAGGCAUCAAACACUUACGAGUCAGAGCGGCAUAAAAUCAAGGAGCAUCGUUUGGAUCAAGAACACAUGUUGAUGAGUGCUUCUGAGAGUGAGCUCGAUAAAGAGAAUACUACUGCAUCAAACAGAAGACUGAAGAGGAAAGCUGUGGAUGAAGACCCUGGACUGCACACAUCAGUGAAAAAGCUGAACCCUCUUGGCCCUGUUGUUGCUGACAGACUGCACACCCAGUGUAAAGAAGAGCAGGACCACAUCCCCAUAAUAAAGAUCAACUCAGUCUGUUCCAUGGCCUCCCCUGCUCCAUCGCCACAGGGCUGCUCAGGAUCCACGAGCACCAUGGCCUCCACCCCAGUGUUUAAAAUCGGCCAGAAGCUCAAUGAGGGCAAGACUAAACAGAUUUUCGAGCUGGUGGACCAGCCGGGACUGGUUCUAGUCCAGAUCACAGCUGGGAACGCCGUGAGGAAAGAUCAGAUGGAGGGCAAAGCUGCCAUUGCCAACAAAACCACGAGCUGCGUGUUCCAGCUGCUGCAGGAGUCUGGCAUUAAGACGGCCUUUGUUAAGCAGCACUCGGACACGGCGUUCAUCGCAGCGCACUGCCAGAUGAUACCCAUUGAGUGGGUGUGUCGCAGAGUGGCGACUGGAUCUUUCCUCAAGAGGAAUCCAGGAGUCAAAGAGGGCUACCGCUUUUCUCCUCUAAAGAUGGAGAUGUUCUUUAAAGAUGAUGCCAACAAUGAUCCUCAGUGGUCAGAGGAGCAGCUGCUGGAGGCCAAAUUGUGUGUGGCUGGGCUCACUAUUGGUCAGUGUGAGGUGGACAUAAUGAGUCGCAGCACUGUGGCCAUUUUUGAGAUAGUGGAGAAGGCCUGGGCCACUCAGAACUGCACCCUGGUGGACAUGAAGAUUGAAUUUGGCGUCAGUGUGAAAAGUGGAGAGAUUGUGCUCGCUGACGUGAUUGACAACGAUUCAUGGAGGCUUUGGCCAGCUGGAGAUCGGAGUCAGCAAAAAGACAAACAGGUGUACAGAGAGCUGAAGGAAGUGACCCCAGAGGCAAUGCAGAUGGUGAAGAGGAAUUUUGAGUGGGUCUCUGAAAGGGUCGAGUUGCUGCUGGAGCCCCAGGCAAGCAGCAGGGUGGUGCUUUUAAUGGGCUCCACCUCAGACGUGGCCCAUUGUGAAAAGAUAAGAAAGGCGUGCGCCUCCUACGGGCUCCCCUGUGUCCUCAGAGUCACCUCGGCACACAAGGGUCCAGAUGAGACGCUGCGCAUUAAAGCUGAAUAUGAAGGUGAUGGCGUACCCACUGUGUUCGUGGCUGUGGCUGGGAGGAGUAACGGCCUCGGCCCAGUGAUGUCUGGUAACACGGCUUACCCUGUGAUCAGCUGCCCUCCUCUCACUCCAGACUGGGGACCACAAGAUGUCUGGUCGUCCCUCCGCAUGCCAAGUGGUCUCGGCUGCUCCACCGUGUUGUCUCCUGAAGCUUGUGCUCAGUUUGCAGCGCAGAUCUUGGGGUUGAGGGACCACCUGGUGUGGUGCAAACUGAGGGCAUCCAUGCUCAACACCUGGGUGUCUCUCAAGCUGGCUGACAAGAAGUUCCAGGCCUGCAGCCUCUGAAGAGCCCAGCGUGCAUCACACUGAACAAAAGAGCUUUGGUCCAUUUAGCACCCUUGAAGCCAACUGCAGGACUGACAAUGACACAAUUCAUUUCAUUGAGGCCAAGUUUAUAACAUGGAACUGUUUCUAAUAGAUUUGUUAUAGUUUCUCAAUUUUAAUAGAAUUUUAUGGAAUUUUUUAAUUUGUUUAUUUAUUUUUGCCUGCAUGUUGUUGCUGCCUGUGUUUAAUUGUGUCAUUUUUGUAACUUGCUGCUGCCCAUCGUCAGG